AUGGCGUCGGACUUACAACCACCCAACGAUCGUAAGCGGGUUAAGGUCUACGAGCUGAGGGAUAAUGACUGGUUCGACCGAGGGACCGGGUUCUGUAUGGGACAGAUUCUCGACGAUGAACCGCGAAUAUACGUCCAGUCGGAGGAUGAGCCCGACCGGGUGCUCCUGGAGACAAGAAUCACUAAGGACGAUGGCUAUCAGAAGCAGCAAGAAACCCUUAUCGUAUGGACAGAGCCUAAUGGAACGGACAUGGCGUUGAGUUUUCAGGAAGCGGAGGGCUGCGCGGCUAUAUGGAAUUUUGUGAAUAAUGUCCAACAACACCUACACAGCUUGGUAUCAGCAGACGAUGCCUUGUCCGACGAUCUCGAGAGCUAUCAGUCAAUCAUGCUACCUCCGCCUGAGCUUGGGAAUCUUCCGGAAAUCGAUCACAUCAUGCGGGCGGCCAGCAUCACUCAAGCCGGUCGCGACGCGCUAUCUAAAUUUGUCAUUAGAGACGAGUACAUCCCGAAGCUGAUACCUUUAGUCACUGUCGCAGAGGAUCUGGAGAGUCUUCCGGAUUUGCAUCGACUUUGCAACAUAAUGAAAUCGCUUAUUCUACUCAAUGACAACACUAUUAUUGAGACGGUCGUUACCGAUGAUAUUAUCCUGGGUGUGGUCGGGGCAUUGGAAUACGAUCCCGAAUUUCCCACUCACAAGGCCAAUCAUCGACAAUAUCUCGCAGAUCAGAGCCGCUACAAGGAAGUCGUUCCCAUCAAGGAUCCCAUCAUUCGCCGCAAGAUUCGCUACACAUGGCGCCUACAAUAUCUGAAAGACGUGGUGUUGGCUCGAAUACUGGAUGACCCGACAUUCUCUGUCCUCAACUCUCUGAUUUUCUUCAAUCAGGUGGAGAUAGUGAAUCACAUUCAGUCGAAUGGACCCUUCUUGAAAGAACUCUUCUCAGUUUUCGACCCUCGGAACUCGGAUUUGAAGCGCAAGGAUGAUGCUGUGCAAUUCCUUCACCAGUGCGCUGGAAUCGCGAAGAAUCUACAGGCUCCCGCGCGCGCCAAUCUGUUUGCGAACUUCAUCAAUCACGGCCUUUUCGCCGUCAUUGCGUUUGCCAUCAAACAUCUUAAUCCAGCCAUGCGCACUACAGGUGUCGAUCUCCUUGUGGCGCUGCUUGAUCACGAUCCAAUCAUGAUGCGUGGAUAUAUGCUCAAGGCCGUCAACGAAAAGAAAACGCCCCUUACCGAUACUCUCAUCGAUCUCCUGCAUGCUGAAUCCGACCUUGGUGUGAAGAAUCAGCUCGCAGAUGCCAUCAAAGUUCUAUUGGAUCCUCAAAUCCCUUUGCAGGAUGCCAUGGGUCGGGCUGGUCCCGAAUAUUUCUCGAAAUUUCGCCCUAAUAUUCUCUCCGAUGCGUUCAUGCAGAAUCACUUUGAUGAAUCCGCUAGAAGACUCUUUCUUCCCCUCAGACGGCUUGAGAAUCGUACCGACCGUAAGUACUGCGUGCACUGGUUGGCCAUUAUGCUCGACGAUACUAAUUGGGACAACGGCUACGCAGUUAACGAUCUCACGUUCCAAGAAGUAUCCCUAUAUUCACAUUUGGUCGAUAUCCUCACAUUCUUCGUCCGUCAACAUCUCUAUCGAAGCCGUAAUGUCAUUCACAACGAGGCUCUUGCGCCCCGAAUUGCCCAGCUACUUAGAGUUCCUCAGAAACACCUCAAAUUAACCGCUUUGAAGUUCUUCCGCACCUUGGUCAGCCUGCAAGAUACGUUCUAUCAGGCGUUGAUGACGCACAACAACACUUUCGGGCUGAUCCUGGACAUUGUGUACGAAACUAUGCCUCGCGACAACCUCCUCAACUCCGCAUGCCUUGAGCUCUUCGAGUUCAUCAAACGAGAGAAUAUCAAACCCAUUGUUCUUCACAUUGUUGAAAAAUACCGUGAGAAGAUCAAGGAUAUCACUUACGUUGACACCUUUCAGAAUUUGAUCCUGCGCUACGAGCAGAUGCAAGGCUAUGGAGCAGAGGCGGACUCAACUCUGUUUUCGCAAGAGGAGGAAGCUCGAAAAUUACAGGCGAAUGGCCAACGCUGGCAAGGGGUCAAGGAGAUGGAUGCUGCUGAAGAGGAAUACUUCAACACAUCCGACGACGAGGAUGAGUGGCAGCAAGAGAAUCGUGUGCAUGGUGCUGUGGCUGUCAAUGCGCAGAACGGCGCAGCUUCGCCAGUAGUGAAACCCUUGGUCGAUUAUCCAGACGAUGAUGAAGACGAGAAUGCGAUGGAUACAAAACCGGAAGCCGACGAACUCCAGGCGCAGCAAACACCACAGGAAGAGAAUGCGACUGCCGAUAUCUCGUUGGAGACGCAGUCUACGCCGGUUUCUCUGAGCAUACAGACUCCUCCGGAACGCCUGUCAGAGAAGCGUCGGCGUGAAGAGGAGGAUGACGAUGAAUUGGUCAAGCUAACCUCAGGGCCGAAAAGGAGGAGCUCUACGAGCAGUAGCUCUGGCAGUGCAGGUCUUAUACGGAGAAAGCGAGGCAUGUCAAUUGGAACUCUUUCUACUGCCGAAAAGGGAACAACUCAGAAUCUUUCGGGUGGGUUGAGUGGCGCAGCGCCUAAACGGAUCGCUAUCAACCUCGGUCCCGCAGCCAAGCCAGCCACUUCGGAAACUGAGUCGAACGAUUCUACCUCAAGUCAUACGAGCAAUGAGAAAGAAAACCGAGUUGACGGUGUGAAAGAAGACGCUUGA